AUUUUUUUAUUUUUACUUUUUGUUAAAAAAGCACUAUAAUCUCUUAGAACGUAAGGUUUGAACUUUGAACGAUACAGCCGUUGUCCAUAGAAAAUUCUUUUCUUGCCACCUAUAGGCUAUAGGGCGGUUUUUUUUUUUUCUUUUUUUGUUCCUUUCACAAGAGUAAUAGUUGCUUCUUGAUGAUAAGUCAUAUACAAAAGUUAAUAGUUUCAAGACGUAUAUGACUAUAUAAAAUAUGCGUCGACAAUUUACAUGCAUGUCAUGUAUAAUUAUUGUAUAAAGUUUAUCACGUCUUAAAAAGUACAAUUACACUUGGACUUAAAUCUUGUUACUAAAAAUGGAGAAACACCCAACUUCAUUAUACAGCUUCUUGGAAUAGCAAGCCAACAUUGGUGCUUUUUUUAGCAACACACAGACACUUCAACACUAUAUAUAUGCAUGCCCAACACUUAAUCUUAAAAACCACAUUCAAAUCUAACUUUGGUUUUUUAAAACCUUCACCAUGACACUUAGUAUGAAAUCGGUUCAACCAUUCGCACCCAUGGCUAAGCCACCACCCGAACCACUAUGUCAAAGGCGGUCUACACUGUCCAUGAAGACAGCUCAACCAACACGCGUCACUCGAGCUCCAAGUAAAUGGGUUAUUGACUCGGAAGGUCAUCAGACGCAACCACCACUGAGUCGACUCGGUAAGAGAUGGAAAGAGUAUCACGGGUCGAAAAACUGGGAGGGAUUAUUGGACCCACUUGAUGACGGUUUACGUGACGAGAUUAUACGGUAUGGGAGUUUUAUCGAGGCGGCAUACAAAUGUUUCGAUUCCAACCCUCCUUCACCAAGUUACUCUACACGCCAUGUCACCGACUCAAAAGUUGACGAUAGUGGAUACCGUGUGACGAAAAACUUAUACGCCACAUCAUCGAUUCCAAUGCCAUCUUGGGUAAGAGGGAUUGGAGAGCGGUCUAGUUGGAUCGGUUAUGUCGCAGUUUGCGAGGACCAGAAUGAGAUCACUAGACUCGGUAGACGAGACAUAGUGAUCUCAUUGCGUGGGACUGGGACCUGUCUAGAGUGGCUCGAGAAUCUGCGAGCCACUCUGACUCGUUGUCCGUUCAACAAUAAGUUGUCGAACGGACAACACGACACUCCGAUGGUGGAAAGCGGAGUUUUAAGUUUAUACACGUCGAGCACGUCGGUAUGCCAAAGUUUACAGCAAUCAGUAACAGACGAACUUUUAAGAAUAGUUGAUACGUACGGUGACGAGCCGUUAAGUGUCACCAUCACAGGACAUUCUUUAGGUGCUUCUUUAGCUAUUUUAGCGGCUUACGAUAUUAAAAAUACAAUCAAACACGCGUUACAUCUCUCGGUUAUCUCGUUUGGUGGGCCCCGGGUUGGGAACCGGAGUUUCCGGCAUAAUCUAGAACUACAAGGGACAAAGAUUCUACGGAUUGUGAAUUCGGAUGACCUUAUUACGAGAGUACCAGGUUUUUUCGUGGAAGACCAUGAUGACGUGGCGAAAAAACAGAAACCUCGCAUGGAACAUUUGCCAAGUUGGAUACAGAAAUGUGUAAAUGAUAAACGAUGGGUUUAUGCUAACAUUGGACAUGAGCUACGACUAAGCAGUCGCGCAUCAUUAAAGUUGAACAGUAUUGAUGUUGCCACGUGUCAUGAUUUAAAGACAUAUCUACAUCUAGUAAAUGGAUUUGUGAGCUCAUCUUGCCCUUUUAGGGCAAGUGCAAGAAUGAUGCUCAAUAAAGCUUCUACUGUUCCUCCCACAUAA